UAAAGGUGUUACUUUAUCAUUUUGGUGGGGAGUUAAAGGUGCUACAUCUUCUGCUGAUGUUUGUUUUGAUUCACUUGUUUUCAGCUGUUUUUAUUUACUUGUUCCUCUUGGUCCCAGAUGACGGCACAUCUACCCAGUCUCUGCUAUUUUCUCUUCCAGAACAGAACUCUGAGUACAUCCACCCACUGGAAAACUGAAGCUGUCUGAAUUUUUUUAUUUUUUUUUAUUUACAUAUGCCACACAUUUCGCAUUUAUCCCACAGGAAGCGAAUGCAGCAUAAAGCAUUUCGAGAAUGAGAUCCAGAGAGAGAGAGAGAAACAAGGAGAGAGAGGCAACAGCGCAGAUGAGCCCCAAUGAACAACAGCCGGCUCCUCUUUCAAACACAAAGCAUCACACGCUCCGUAUCCCCCUCUCUCUCUCUCACACACACAGGACAGCCGCACACUCACGCACACUCACGCACGCAAGCAGCCCGAAAACCCGAGCGGCAUCAGCCCUCUCUGCCCGCCGCUGCCGGUGGCAGCCCUCUCCGCUUCUCCGCACCUCGAAGCCGUGAGAGGAGUUCCUGCUGACCUCACAGGCAACAGAGGAGAGCCGCGGAUCUCUGCUUGAGACGGCAGACAAUUAACCAGCGAAGCGGGGGAGAGCCGAGAGAGAAAGCGGGGGAAGGCGCUCCAGUCCAGCUACUGGCUCCUGCUGCUGCUGGAGGAGGAGGAGGAGGAGGAGGAGGAAGAGGAAAAGGAAGAGGAGGAGGAGGAGGCUGUGAGCUUGGAGAGACUGGAGCAGCUCCGGUAUCCUGCACAGGCAGCCCGAACGGCCACAAGUGAUCAGAGCAUCUUCAGCCUUAUAGAUGAACAAGCAGCACGGUGCAGCUUCCAGUCCUGGGUGCCAGACCCAGUGAUUGAAACUCGCACAGGAGUCAGAGGAAGAAGCAGAAAGGAGGGCCAUGGGGGUUUGCCUGGGUCAGGGUGUAUGUUGGCUGCUGCCUUUCCUCUUCUUGCUGCUUAUGAUCUCAGUGUCCUCCACCCAAAGUCAAGGAUGUCCCCAGCGUUGUGACUGCAUUGCGAAGCUGAAGACCGUGUCCUGCUUUGGCAAACGUCUGUCCUCCUUGCCGGAGGGAAUCCCGCCUGACACCAAAGUUUUGGACAUGAGUGGGAAUAGACUUCGCUGGAUAGAACAGGAUGAUCUUCUUCCAUAUACACGCCUGGAGAAACUGGAACUCAGUGAUAACAUGAUCAGCGUCCUGGAGCCAAACGCGUUUUCCAGUCUUCAGAACUUGCAGUCACUUUCACUGAGGGGCAAUCAGCUAAAACUGGUUCCCAUGGGAGCUUUCUCGCGUCUCUCCAACCUCACCUCCUUAGAUUUGAGUGGAAAUAAGAUUGUAAUUCUUUUGGACUUCACUUUCCAAGACCUAAAAAGUCUUAAGAACCUGGAGGUUGGUGACAAUGAUCUGGUUUACAUUUCCAACAAGGCUUUUCUGGGAUUAGUAGGACUCAAGGAGCUGACAAUUGAGAGAUGCAAUCUGACGGCAGUGUCCAGCCAAUCGUUAUCCUAUCUGCACAGCCUGGUGACUCUGCGACUCAGGUAUCUUAGCAUCUCCUCCUUAGACGACCAGAACUUUCGAAAACUUGGAAACCUUAGAGGUCUGGAGAUUGAUCAUUGGCCCUUUUUGGAAUAUAUUUCCCCUCAUAGCCUUCAAGGUCUUAAUUUGUCUUGGCUGUUCAUUACUCACACCAACAUCACCUCUGUGCCCACUUCUGCCCUUCGUAGUUUGGCUCACCUCACUAGCCUCAACCUCUCCCAUAAUCCAAUCACUGUGUUAGAGUCCUGGGGUCUGCGGGAUCUCAUCAGACUGAAGGAGCUGCAUCUGGUGAACACCAACCUGGCAGUAGUUCAACCUUAUGCAUUAGGUGGUCUGAGGCAAAUCCGCCUUCUUAAUCUUUCGACCAACAGCUUAGUGACCUUGGAAGAGGGAGCCUUUCAGUCAGUCAACACUCUUGAGACGCUGCGCUUGGACAGAAACCCUCUUGCCUGUGACUGCCGCCUGCUCUGGAUCCUUCAGCGUAGAAAGACCCUUAAUUUUGAUGGUGCCUCCCCUGUGUGCAUGACCCCUGUUGAAGUCCAAGGUCGGGCUCUUAGCGCUUUCACCGACUCAGCUCUUUUUGACCACUUUACUUGCCAGAAGCCUAAAAUUCGCAACAGGAAAUUACAGCAAAUUUCAGCCCGCGAAGGGCAAGUAGUGUCUUUUAUCUGCAGAGCAGAAGGUGAGCCAACGCCGGUGAUAUUCUGGAUUUCUCCUCAGCGUCGACGCAUAACCACAAAGAGCAGUGGGCGACUGACUGUGUUACCAGAGGGCACUCUAGAAAUACGCUACGCCCAGGUAACUGAUAGUGGAACCUACAUCUGCAUCGCUAGCAAUGCUGGUGGGAAUGACACCUACUUUGCUACGCUCACAGUCAGUGGGCUACCGCUGGAUGCAGCACUCAUGGCCAACCGCACCUAUUACGUCGGGGACCUUAACGACACAAAUCUGAAUGACACCAGGGUGUUCUUGAAGUUCACCCUUGACCUCAAGACCAUUCUAAUAUCUACAGCUAUGGGCUGUAUCAUGUUUCUGGGAGUGGUCUUGUUCUGCUUCAUCCUGCUAUUUGUGUGGAGUCGGGGUAGAGGACAGCACAAGAACAACUUCUCGGUUGAGUAUUCUUUCAGAAAAGUGGACGGACCAGCAGCCAGUGGAGGACAAGGGGGAGCACGAAAGUUCAACAUGAAAAUGAUUUGAUUCUGCAGAAGCCCUGGUGUUUUUCACUGCUCCAGUUACAAACUAAGACGCAAAUUAAUGGAACAAAUUAAAUUUGUGCGAAACAUUAAAACCAAUAACCCACAGGACAUUUUAUUAGGACGAGGUUUUGUUUAAAGAAACUUGUGCAUGCAUGCAAAAUGUCAAUCUACAGUAUGACGCUUUGAUACAUUUCUACUGCUCUUUGUUUUGUUCAUAUAAUUGUGUAUAUAAGUUUAAUUCCAGAGAAGGAAGUCUCAAAACUUUGAACAGACUGUUUAAAGACAAGCAACAUAAGCCCCCCAACGUCCAACACGUCUUUAACCUUUACGAAGGUCAUGCCAACGCACUUCUUUCCUGAAAGGAACCGUCAUCCUCACCUUUGAAGGACCACAUCUCUGCUCCAUUCGAACUGACUUAAGCACUCCAAGCUGAUGAAAACAUAAUUAGAUAGUGGUGCUCAGUAAUUGCCAAGGACUUGCCAAUAUAUAUUUAGAUAAUUCCAGCUAUUUGGUGCAUAUUUAGAGCUCAAUACAGUUACAACGCCUUCACUUAUGCUGACUGUGAUUUUACUAAUGGAUUUUUGAAAAUAGACCAACUUAGUACCACUCUCUACAUCACUGCCAAUUUGACCAUAGAGCACCAUGCACAGCACUGGCCACAUUUAUUGGCACCAGGGUUAAUAGAUAUGUAAAAUGCCUAAAAAAUUAAUUGAUCUUUAGUUGCAGAAGCAUGAUCUCACACAGACAUCUUAGGAAAAAUCCAAUUUUUUUGUUGAUUUUUUUUUUUUUUUUUCAUUGGGAAACAAAAUGCCUUUAAUCAAAUUAAUAAAAUGUAUACUUUUUUAGGUUAGAAAUUGUGUGUAUGACCUUCGAAUUAUUAAUAUAUAACGUUCUCUUUUCCUAUUGUGCAAAUGUAACAAACGAGGCCCAUUGUUUACUCCCUGCAUGGACAAGGACUCAUGUUUAUUUUACCAUGAGGAUGAGCCUUAAUUUAAAUAAUGUCCCUGUUAGAGAUGUGCAGCAAAGCGGGGCAUCUUAGGGUCACCAAAUCUCUAUAACAUACUGCAGAUGAUUGUUUGGGAGUUAUAUUAGCGAAAAUACUACCCUGCAAUCACCAACACAAAUUUAUAGAGUUUGUUGAACUCUACAGGGACAGGAACCAAGGGCUUUGUUAAGAUAAGCCUAAGAUUGAGCUUUUUUGUCAAAUACCUAUGAAUACCUAGUAGUAGAAAAUUAGUAAAAGAAGGAGUACCAAUGAUGUUGUUAAAAACAAUGAUUUCCUUAUAUAAGAUUUCCCUCUCCCCACUAAGUUAGUGUGCUCAGAUUAUUAUUUUUUUCAAAUUUUUCUGUGUGAGAAAUAACUGCUGCAAGGAAAGAUCAUUUUAAGGUUAUUUAUUCUUUACCAGGGUUGCCAAGAAACAUGUCAGCUACUGUAAAACCUGUGCGGAAGAGAAAAGCUACUUCUACCUGCAACAUCUGUUCAUAGCGAACGUCGGAGUCAAGAUACUUUUUUAAGGACCCAAGUGAACACGUGUAUGAACACUGACAAGUCAUGAAGACACAUUUUCUAGUUACAUUUUUUCAUUAUUAUUUUUUGGUAAAUCUGUACAAGAGUUUUACCCUCUUGGUCUAAAACAGAAAACUUUAAAAGCGAAUGCAUGUACAGACUUUUGUUCAUACUUUAACAAAUUUGUAUUUCUAAAACAAACAGCCGUCGGUGUUCUUUGAUCACCAAAAUUGUACAGACAGAGUAUGAUAAGAUGUAAUAUAUAUUUUGUAUUGCUGAUAUUGAAAUUAAUGUGACUGUUAAUAGUACUGUUGAGUGAUUAAUCUGACUUUACUGCUCUACCGUUAUUAAACUGCUAAAGUAUCAUUCGGUAAACAGUGAACUUCAGUGCAGCUGUAAACACGACUCUAAGUGUAUCAUGUUCGUCAUGUAAAUGUGGCUGCUCUCUGUCGUCAAUCAUAAAGGACAUUCACUGUG